AUGCCACGUUGUCUGAUAAAGUCGAUGACGCGAUAUCAGAAGACGGACAAUUCGAACGAAGAGACCGAAUUUUCUUGGUUGCCACCGUCCACGGAUCCUAAACAAAAGAAUCGCACGAAAGAUAUAACGCCGAAGACGAGCAAUAUCUGGACAUGCUCAGGGCUUCCUAUUGUGACUCGAUACAGCUUUCGCAAGAUCAAUAACGCGAUGUUCGACACGGGAUUAAAUACAGCGGAUUGGAAUCUUGCAAAUAACCGUCAGAGUACCUCGUCGAUUGAUGGAAAUGCAAUCGGUGCAGAGAAGGUAUCAGCGAUAUCGUUCGACGACGUGUCCCGAUCCUUUUGCAAAGCGAAGGAAUCGGUAAAAGGACCGGAGCAAUCGGAUCCGGGAAAAAUUGCCGAGACGGUGGGUCAGGAGAUUGUAAUGAGCAACUGCGAAACGCAGACGCUCUCGCAAGCGUUGUACUUGGUCCCAAAUGUAAAAUACGAACAGAUGAAUGCUAUCGAGGAUAAAACAAGCGCUAAAGAGAACACUCAGCCUUGGAAGAAAAAUAAAACGAUGCAUUAUUGCCCGUAUUGUCACAAGAGUUUCGAUCGACCGUGGGUCUUGAAGGGUCAUUUGCGCCUUCACACGGGCGAGAGACCUUUUGAAUGUCCAGUUUGUCACAAAUCUUUUGCUGAUCGGUCGAAUUUGCGCGCUCAUCAGAGAACACGUAAUCAUCAUCAGUGGCAGUGGCGUUGUAGCGUGUGCUUUAAGGCUUUCUCGCAAAGACGAUACUUGGAGCGUCACUGUCCGGAAGCAUGUCGCAAGUAUCGUAUGUCGCAGAAGAAAGAUCUUGCCUGCCCGUAA